CGACUGAGUCACUCAAAACGGAACGGGUUGCUAUGGGCAUCGGUUUAUGAAGGCAGAGGGAUUUGAUUUUAGAGGUUACGUUCAUUUAAGAAUUGAAACUCACAAUUUAAUUCGACAAAUUCACGAUUUUCAUACGAAACUACGAAAACAUGGCACAGAAGAAAAAUGCACGAGGGCACACGAAAAAAGGACCAGAGGCCAAGCCGCAACAGGCAAACAAGAAUGGGAAGAAGUCAGAUGGAGCUGGGGCUACAUCUUUCUUUACCUGGUUCAUGGUGUUGGCUCUCCUUGGGGUCUGGACCUCAGUAGCCGUUGUCUACUUUGACCUGGUUGACUAUCAAGGCGUCGUUGCCAAGGCAAAGGACUUUCACCAUAAUCUUUCAGAAGUUUUAAAAGGCAAACUUGUUUCCUAUGAUGCUGAUGGUGAUGGUGACUUUGAUGUGGAGGACGCUAAAGUGCUAUUAGGACUGAAAGAUAAGGUUACUGCUGUGGAGGAGCCAGUUAAAGAAGAAGCACCAGCAGCACCUGUGGAGCAAGUGCCUCAGCCAGAACCUGUUGAAGAGGAGACACAGCCCAUAGAAGAGGAGGCAGUUCCAGAACCAGAGCCUGUAGAGGAGUCUGAGCCAGAGGUGGUGGAACCUGAACAAGUGGAUGUGCAGUUACCAGAAGCAGAAGAGGAGCCUGAGGUUCUAGAAGAGGAGCAAGAGAUUAUUGAAGAGGAGGUGGAGGUUCCAGAGGAAGAACCUGUAGUCUUGGAAGAAGAACCAGAGCUGACAGAGGAGCCUGAAGCAGAGGCCGUGGAGGCAGCUGAAGUGGAUUUGGAAGUAGAAGCCGCUCCUGAGGUAGUGGCAGAGGAGGCAGCUGAAGAGUCCGCUCCAGUUGAAGAGGCUGAUGCUGUUGAGGAGCCAGUGGAAGAAACAGUUGAAGAGGCAGAAUCCACUGACAAAGCUGUUGAAGAACCACAUGAGGAUGCACCCACUGAGGAUGCUGUGGUUGAAGAGGGAGCUGCCUUGGUAGAGGAGGUUGCUCCUGAGGAGGAUGCUGCUCCAGUAGAGGAGGAAGUUUCUCCAGAGGAGGAGGCCACACCUGUAGAGGAGGAGGCUGCCCUAGUAGAGGAGGAGGUGGCUCUUGUGGAGGAGGUCGCGCCUGCAGAGGAGGAGGUCGCGCCUGAAGAGGAGGAGGCUGCCCUGGUAGAGGAGGAGGUGGCACCUGUGGAAGAGGAGGCCACGUCCGUAGAAGCAGAAGUUGCACCAGCAGAGGAGGAGGCCGUUCCAGUAGAGGAGGAGGCAGUAACAGAUGAAGCUGUUGAACUAGCUGAACCAAUUGAAGAAGCUGUCGAACUAGCAGAACCAGUUGAAGAAGCACCUACAGGAGAUGACAAAGAAAUGCCCACUGGUGAAGAGUCUGUUGGUGAAGAGGUUUCUGAAGAAGACGCAGAGGCUGAUCAAGCAGAGGACACAGCAGAAGAUCUAGCUCAAGAGGAGGCUUUUGUGCCGGAUUCUGAACUUACAGAGGAAGCGGAAGAGGAGGUCCUGUCUGAAGGAGAGGCAGAGGAGGAGGAGAUGGCAGAUGAGCCCCAAGAAGAAGUAAUUGAAGAGUUUCAGCCAGAGGAACAGCUUCAAGAUGAGCCCUCAGAAACGUAAAACUUGAGUGCCUGCUGAGGGUCAGAAGGCAUGAGGACCUGUCCACAUCACAUUCCACUGAACCUGAGCAGCUGCCCAUUCCCACCAUCAAAAAAAAAAAAAAAAACAAGAGGAAACUAGUGCUGUUAAAUCUUUGAUACAUAAUUUCAAUACUGUUUUAAGGGGUGGUAUUUGUUUAUUUGAUAGCUCACAGUUCUGAGCAAAGUUCUUUUUGUUUGUUUUUUGUUUAUUUUGUUUUAUUAUUAGUCAUCUUUUGGUUGAGUUAAUUUUGCUGUAGAACCUCCUAACAUCUUUUCCCAAGAACCAACAUUCCCCAUGGACUCUCUUUAAUAUUUUUGAUGAGCGGUUGUUUUUUUUUUUAGCUUUUGUUUUCUUUCCUGUGUAUACGGCAGAGGUACAUGUUGCUUUGCUAUUUCCGUUCUUCACAUUAUCACCCAAACGUAGUUCAGUGGUUAAAAAUCUUAAACUGAACAGUGUCUCACUUUGGAAUGUUAAAACCAAGGUUUGUCCAUUUAAUGUGAAGCUACUAUGCAAAGCUGCACUGAUCUUCAGCAGUGAUGUUUUUGUAUUACCAGUAUCUGAGUCUACACUUCAUGUUGAUGCAUAUCAAAGGUAUGUUUAUGCUGGCAGGUUAACUUGGAUAUUUCUUCAGGCUUUCUGUGUAUGAGGGUGUAUGUGAAGGUUUGUGUGCAAGUGUGAGCAAAAUCUUUUGCUGAACAAUCAUUUCUGAGGUGUGUGUGUGUGUGUGUGUGUGUGCGCGCGCACGCACGUCUGUGUGUGUUUGCGCGUCUGUGUGUGUGCGUGCAUAUGAGACACCCUCUCUCCAAUUUCUCUCCAAUUUGAGUCUCACUUUUUCAUCACCCACUAGAUCCUCCUUACGCCUUUUUCAAUACUGUAAGUUUGCUGUACAGACUGGGGAACUUAACACAGCUAUAUCUAGUUAAAUGUGCUCAUGGUCUUGUCAAGCUAUUGUAUUGGCAAUCAAAGGGCCCAUUAUCUGUAUUUUACCUCUUUUCAUCUGUUCUGACUCAAUUUACCAAUUUCUCUCAUGACCUGUUGAAUAUACCACUGCUCUGACUAAAGGUGAGGAUGUGAUUGAGACUCUUCACCAGUACCUCUUGUAUGGUGAAACUUUUAAAAGCUUCUAUGAUUUUCAGCCACCAUCUGGGCCCAGCUGUGUGGUUUGAUACAAGCUUUGUGUGACUGAGUGCGGGAAAGAAGUAAUCCAUGUGAGAUGUCUUUGCAUGGUCAAUGGCAUAUGUUGAAGAUGACCUAACUAGGUGUGCAUUCAGGAGUGACUCAUCAUGUAUAAAUUAUCCUACAGUAAGACCUUGAGUUGACACCAUGAAUGUGCUGAUUAUAGACCAUUUCACCCCAUUGUGUCGUAAACACCCUCUGUGUGCAACAGAAGAUUAAUUGUUUGUCUUGUGUCUGUUAGUUUUGAUACUGCAUGUUUGCCUUUCUAAAAGAAAAAUGUAAUCCUAGACCAACUAAAAGAAAUGCUGUCAAGAUUUAGAAGGGAAUGUGACUGAGCUCAGAGGCUCUAAAAUCUCUCUGGAAGUGUAACUACACUUAUUGUGAUCUAAUGCGUUUGAAGUUUUCAACUUCAGGUGUGUUUUAAAUUCACAUUGGGCUACUUCGAGAGACCUAAUACUAUUUUGACCUCAAAAGUCUGUCUAGAAGGAAGCUCAACAAGUGUAAUCUAUGCUGGCUCCUGAAGUAUUUUUGCUGUGGUUUCAGCUGUGCUCUCCCCCUUGUGUUUAGCAUUUUGUGUACAUUGUGUUUGUAUGGGGCCUGCCAGAAUAAAUGUUGUCUGUGUGAUAGACUUAAGGAACUACUGCAUUGCAAAAUCUCUUCCGAGGAAUUACACAGCGGAUUCAUAACAGAAGACAAGAUGAUGAAACAAUUUUUAGGAAUUUUCUGUUUUUCUAUCACAAUAGAAUCUUUUCUACUCAACACUUUUGGAAGUCUGUGAAUUUUUAAUGUGGUGUUUUAAUUUUACACAAGACAAAGAUGGGUCUGUUUUAGAUUUUUAAACUUUUGGGGUGAAGAUUUUCCAUAUAAUUGUAAAGAAUGAUGAGUGUUAAUUUUUCAAAGCCAUAUGUGAAAAGGUGGUGUUUAGCAGCUUAGAAUGGAUAAUUCUACAAGGGAAACACAUUACAAAACUAGCAAUAACACAGUCUCAUAAGGACAAUUCUUUAUUGCAUAUUUGAACAGGAGUUUUACUCAAUAAGCUCCCCAUUUCCCUGUGUCAGAGGUUUACAAAGAAUCCUGCUGUAUAGGCUGACCAAUUUUAAGUUAUUGUGAAUUUUCAUUUUUGUCACAACUGUACAUUUCUGUUUGAGUACUGCAAUAAAGUUUUGGGACAACUGUUA